AUGGGACCAGCCAAUGAAUCUGAAAUAUCUCCAAACACCUUCUUGCUGAUGGGCAUCCCAGGACUGGAACAUCUACACAUCUGGAUUGGGAUUCCCUUCUGCUCCAUGUACGUGGUGGCUGUGGUGGGGAAUGUGAUCAUCCUGGCUGUGGUGAGGGCAGAACGCAGCCUCCAUGAGCCCAUGUUCCUCUUUCUGUGCAUGCUCUCAGUCACUGACCUGGUCCUCUCCACAUCCACAAUGCCCCGCAUGCUCUGCGUCUUCUGGCUCGGAGCCCACAACAUUGCCUUUGAAGCUUGUCUGGCCCAGAUGUUCUUCAUCCACAGCUUUACUGCCAUGGAGUCAGGCUUCUUCCUGGCCAUGGCCAUUGACCGCUAUGUGGCCAUCUGUGACCCACUGCAUCAUGCCACCAUUCUCACCCAAACUCGCAUUGUCAAAAUUGGAGCAGCUGUGGUGCUCCGAGGGGUAGCAUUCUUUUCUCCACACCCCAUCCUGCUCAAGCAGCUGCCCUACUGCAAGACACGAAUCAUCGCCCACACCUACUGUGAGUUCAUGGCUGUGGUGAAACUUGCUUGUGUAGACACAGCAUCCACCAAGCGAUACAGCCUCAGUGUGGCCUCUGUCAUUGGUUCCUGUGAUGGCUUUUUUAUUAUCAUCUCUUAUAUUCUAAUCCUCCGCACGGUCUUCCGUCUUCCAUCACGAGAAGCAAGUCUUAAAGCUCUAGGCACAUGUGGCUCUCAUGUCUGUGUCAUCAUCGUUUUCUACUCCACAGCUGUCUUCACCUUUCUCACCCACCGCUUUGGCCACAAUGUGGCCCCACAAAUUCAUAUUUUCAUUGCAAAUAUGUACCUUCUGGUACCACCCUUCCUUAAUCCCAUUGUAUAUGGUAUUAGGACCAAGAAAAUUCGUGGUCAUGUCCUUAGAUCUCUAAGGGCAAAAGUUGCCUGA